AUGGGAAACGCGGCCGAUUCCGGGGAUCCGCCAGAAGGAGGCACGUGGCAUGAAUGGGGAGGGGAAUGGGAUCCAGGCCCAUUUGGGAUCAUGGCUAAUUUGGCUGGAGCUGUCACCGGUCGGCAAACCGGUCGGAUGAACGAGUCAGAUCGGCUUCGCAAGCUUCUAGAGAACCUUCGAUUUCUCCAGUGGGGAAAGGCCUCCGUCUGGCCACCAGCCCUAACAAAGAACGCCGAGGGAAAGAAGGCGGAAAAGUGGAAAACCUUGAGAAUGGGGAAUCUGGAAUCCGCCACCGCGACGCUGCAUAAGGUUUAG